AUGAGUCUUCGAGGAUCGUUCAACAUUGGCGGAUGGACGACCGGCUCGUCUCUCAUCGCUCUCGGAUUGAACGUGUGGCAGGCGAUGCUCACCGUGGUCAUUGGACACUGCAUUGUCGGACUCGUAUGUGUCCUCGCCGGCGAGCCGGGCGCGAAGUGGCACAUCGGCUUCUCGAUUCUGCAGAAGGCUUCAUGGGGCAUGUACGGCGCCCUGUUCCCGCUGCUUCAAAGGAUUAUGCUUUCGUUCAUAUGGUACUCGACGCAGGUAUACUGGGGCGGACAGUGCGUGCGAACAUUGAUUGCGGCGAUGUGGCCAGCAUUCAACCAGUUUGACAUGCCGCUUGCGAAUGGGACCAUGACCGCGGCGGACUUUGCUGGCUUCGUCAUCUUCUCUCUGAUGUGCCUGCCACUGAUUUGGAUCCCUCCCGAGAGGUACCAUGUCCCCUUUGCUGUGGCUGCGACGACGGUGAUCCCAACCAUCUUUGGACUCUUCGCAUGGUGCCUCCUCACAGCCGGGGGCGCCGGGCCUUUACUGAAGGAUGUAACUGCCGUCGCGGGUGUGGAACAGGCUAAGGGCGCGCACCUAGUAUGGAUGCUGAUUCUUGGAAUCUGUACGAAUAUUGCUGGGAUCAGCACGCACAUCUUCAGCCAGAGCGACUUCACCAGGUUCGCUCGCCGGCCCCGAGAUCAACUGAUGUCACAGCUCAUCUUCGUCCCUGUCAACACCAUCGUUGUAGCCUUCAUCGGCAUUGUGUGUACGUCAUGCGCGGCUCAGCUGUUCCCUGAGACCGAGGGCACCCUCGUUUGGGAGCCGUUCAAACUGCUCGACGCCAUCCAGGCCCACUAUAACAACUCGUUCUGGUCUAGGGUAGCGAUCGCUAUCGCCAGCGUGGCAUUCAUUGUUGCACAAUUCGGCAUCGCCGUCGCUGAGAACGCUCUGUCGAACGGCAUCGACCUGUCCGCGAUCCUUCCUCGAUACUUCACCCUCCGACGGGGCGGCUACCUCACAGCGGCAAUGGCCUUUGUGAUGCAGCCCUGGCAGCUCCUGAAUGGCGCGAGCAAGUUCUUGACUGUGAUCGGCGGCUACGGCGUCUUCCUCGGCUCGAUGACGGGCGUCAUGUUCGCCGAUUACUACAUCAUCCGCGCCCGCCGUCUGAAGCUUACUGAUUUGUACGAGUCUUCGAGGAGGAGCAUAUACUGGUACUGGAAGGGCAUCAACUGGCGAGCGGCGAUCGCGUGGACAAUGGGCACGUGGGCGCUGCUUCCUGGCUUUAUACAGCGCAUACAAGACCCAGCGGUGGAGGUACCGGGCUGGUCGAAUUUAUAUUACGUCGCGUGGCCGCUCGGCUGUGGCGCAGCUGUCGUGACGUACUGUCUUCUGCAUCUGGUGUGGCCCAUCGAGAGUCCUCGGGUGGUGGACGAGGUAGACUAUUUUGGGACCUUCGGGUCCGUUGAUCAGCUGGUAUUAGAAGGCACCGCGCUGAUAGAUGAAGAUUAUGCUGCUGAGAGCGAAGCUCAGGCAGAGAUCAGCAAGGCUGACGAUAUGAACGGCAAACCUAUUCUUGUUAUUGAUUAA